UCGAGAACCAAAUUUGGUACAUGAAAAUUGCGUGAAGACAGUGGAGCAAAAAACCCUCUGCCAUGUCUGGUCUGUACAAUCCCAGCUUCUCACCUUCUAGAGCCGCUUCUCCCCAGAUUAGAACCACCUCCGAUGUUGACAGUCAGUACUUAUCUCAGUUGUUAGCGGAACAUCAAAAGCUUGGACCUUUCAUGCAAGUCUUACCCAUAUGUAGCCGACUCUUAAAUCAAGAGAUUUUCCGGGUUAGUGGAAUGAUGUCAAACCAAGGUUUUACCGAUUUUGAUAGGCUGCGGCAUCGAAGCCCUAGUCCAAUGGCUUCACCAAAUCAUAUGUCUAAUGUUCCUGGUGCUGGAUUAGGUGGUUGGAAUGGUCUUCCACCAGAGAGAAUAGGUGGUCCUCAUGGAAUGGCAAUGGAGUGGCAAGGUGCACCUCCUAGCCCAAGUUCAUACACAGUGAAGCGUAUCUUGCGUUUAGAUCUUCCAGUCGACACAUUUCCAAAUUUCAAUUUUGUUGGAAGGCUUCUGGGUCCUAGAGGGAACUCGUUGAAGCGUGUGGAAGCAACUACGGGUUGCCGUGUGUUUAUUAGAGGGAAAGGAUCAAUUAAGGACCCUGACAAAGAAGAGAAACUGAAAGGGAAGCCUGGCUAUGAGCAUCUCAAUGAGCAGCUGCAUAUCCUCAUUGAGGCUGAUCUUCCUGUUGAUAUUGUGGAUAUAAAGCUGCGGCAGGCCCAAGAAAUCAUCGAGGAGUUGGUCAAACCUGUGGAUGAGUCACAGGAUUACAUAAAGAGGCAGCAGUUGCGAGAGCUCGCUUUGCUGAAUUCUAACUUGAGAGAAAACAGUCCAGGUCCAAGCGGUAGUGUCUCUCCUUUCAAUUCAAACGCAAUGAAACGCCCAAAAACGGGACGCUAAGAGAGCAUGAUGAGGUACUGAUAAAAGUGUGUGUAUAUGUGUAUAACUGGCCUAAUGGUGUUGGUUGCGUCUGCUCUUGGUUCUUUUGCUUCUCUGGUCCACAGUGAUUCUUAAGCACAAAGCACCAAGAGAAGCCCAACAGUUUCUCAUGUUUUCUUCCUAAACCGGGGAAAUCAUUAAAGACGAAAAGAAAGAAUGUGAAAGUAGCGUUAGACGGUUGAUGCAUUGUAACCAUUAAAAUAGAUUAUUUGGAUUUAUUCAUGUGUUGAAGUUGUAGUGUUCUUGAUUUUGGAAUGGACAUCUAAUUACGUAUA